AUGCAAAAAAACUGUGUUAACAAUUCAGAACCCAAAAGACACAAGAAAACUCACACUAACAACUUGUAUUCUUGUAAAAUUUGUGGUGACUUUUUUUCUCAAAAUAGUAACUUGGCUCUACACAUGAAAACUCACACAGGUCAGAGGCCCUUUUUAUGUCUGUUUUGUGGAAAAAGCUUCACUACAAAAUAUGUUUUUAAUAGCCACGUUAGAAUUCACACAGGUGAGAAGCCUUUCUCUUGUGAGACGUGUGGAAAAGGCUUUACUCAAAAAUGUCAUUUGACUUAUCACAUGAGAACUCACACAGAUGAAAGGCCUUUUCCUUGUAAUACCUGUAAAAGAACCUUUAGAACAGACGCUUCAUUGAAUAAACACAAGAGAACUCACACAGAUGAAAGGCCUUAUCCUUGUAAUACCUGUGAAAAAACAUUCAAAUCAAAAUAUUUUUUGGAUCAACAUGUGAAAACUCAUACAGCUGAGAGGCCUUUCUUAUGUCUGGACUGUGGAAAAGGCUUCACUAAGAAAUCUAGCUUUAAUGUGCAUGUCAGGAUUCACACAGGUGAGAAGCCUUUCUCUUGUGUGAUUUGUGGCAAAGGUUUCAACCAAAAAAGUCAUUUGAUUUCUCACAUGAGAACUCAUACAGCCGAAAAGCCUUUUCCCUGCAAUACCUGUGAAAAAAACUUCAGAUCUAAAAGUUAUUUGGACCAACAUAUGAGAACUCAUACAGCUGAGAGGCCUUUCUUAUGUCUGGACUGUGGAAAAAGCUUCACUAAGAAAUCUAGCUUUAUUGUGCAUGUCAGGAUUCACACGGGUGAGAAGCCUUUCUCUUGUACUAUUUGUGGCAAAGGUUUUACCCAAAAAUGUAAUUUGACUUGUCACAUGAGAACUCACACAGAUGAGAAGCAUUUUUCCUCUAAUACCUGUGAAAAAACCUUCGGAAGAAAGGAAUAAUUGAAUGAACACAUGAUAGCUUACACAGGUGAGAAGCCCUUUUUGUGUGUGACCUGUGGAAAACAGUUUACAGGAAGUUACAGAUGAAUUAAUCACAUGAAAACUCACAUAGGUGAGAAGCUCUUUUUUGUGUCUGAUCUGUGGAAAAGCAUUUUGCCAAAGUUGACUUCAUAACUCGCAAAUAUGAAGGCUUCUCCAUAUAUGACUUGGGAAAAGUUACAGUAAAAAGACAGAUUUAAUACUUUACAUGAGAACUCACACAGAACUCACACUGGUGAGAAUCGAUAGGAAUGCACCGAUCGAUUCUCAGAAUACACCUUUCCAGGUAUGUAAAAAAAAAAAGUCCAUGUGAAAACUCCUUUUACUCAUCACAUGAGAACAUUCAGAGGUAAAAGGCUUUCUCCUUGCGAUGUUUGGAGAACGAAUAGGGAAAAAGGGAGAGAGUUGGGUAAAAAGUUAAAGGGAGAAAAGGAGAUAAGAAAACAGAAACGGAAAAAAGAUAAUAUGAAAAUACAAGAUUAUUCCUUAGAAGUCUUUUUUUUUUGUGACUGCAGAAAGAGACAGGUAUGACAUGGAGCAAUUGCAGCCACAGACAUCCAAAGGCCCCCUGGAGCGCAGGAUAAAAUGUUAUAUAAAAAAAACAGAUUUAACCCUUAACCGAGAACUCACAACAGUGACCAGGUAGAAGAAUGCACAUGAGAGACCUUUUCCAUGUAUGACCCAUGGAAAAAUGUCCCUCUAAAAAUGCCUUUACCCCAUUGCCUGAGAAAAUUCACAGGUUAAAGGCCUUUAAAGGUGAUGUUUGGAGAAAAUGUUUGUUCUGUUGCUGUCAUUUGGCUUAAAAUUGAAAUUAUUGCUGAUCAGUUUGAACAUGCUUUGACUUGGUACAAAGGCUUUUGAAUUAAUAAUUGAAGUGCAUUUAUAGAAAUAUAACACUCGUCUAGAAGUUCAAACUUUCAACUUUAUUAGUAUUUUUCUAAUGGGAAAUUUACCAUGAACUAAUUUUAAUGCUGUUCUUGAUUCUGCAAAUGUGCUGUUUACCUGCUAAAAUUAAAGGAAAUGAUUCUUUUGUUUUUAUUACGUUUUUUAUUGUAAUAUUUUCUGCUGUGGCUGUUUUCCAUUAAUGUCAUCACUGUUUGAUUGAUAAACCAAACAGCAAUAAAAAAUGUUUUAAAACACA